AUGGCCAGUGCGCGGACCAUCGGUGUUCCUGCGGGAGUUCAGUGGUGCCUCAAAAUCACGCCAUCCUCAAAGCCUCAUCCGCCUGUUGUGGGCAAAGUGACUCAUCACAGCAUUGAAUUAUACUGGGAUCUGGAGAAGAAAGUGAAGCGACAAGGACCCCAGGAGCAGUGGUUCAGGUUUUCAAUUGAAGAGGAAGACCCCAAAGUGCACACUUACGGUAUCAUUUACACGGGAUAUGCAACAAAGCAUGUUGUGGAAGGUCUGGAGCCGAGGACACUCUAUCGAUUUCGACUGAAGGUCACUAGCCCCUCUGGAGAAUACCAGUACAGCCCAGUUGUCUCAGUAUCUACGACCAGGGAACCCAUCAGCAGCGAGCACUUCCAUCGGGCUGUCAACGUGAAUGAUGAAGAUUUGCUCAUUCGAAUCCUUCAAGGAGGCAACGUGAAGGUUGACGUUCCCAAUAAGUUUGGCUUUACCGCUCUGAUGGUCGCCGCCCAGAAAGGGUACACCAGGCUUGUGAAAAUCCUAGUUUCGAACGGCACCGAUGUCAACCUGAAGAACGGAAGUGGCAAGGACAGUCUCAUGCUGGCGUGCUACGCGGGACACCUAGAUGUUGUGAAGUAUCUCCGAAAACACGGUGCUUCCUGGGAUACCAGAGACCUGGGAGGCUGUACAGCUCUGCACUGGGCAGCAGACGGCGGCCACUGCAGUGUGAUUGAGUGGAUGAUCAAGGAAGGCUGCGAGGUAGACGUCGUGGACACCGGCUCAGGGUGGACCCCGCUCAUGCGAGUCUCAGCGGUAUCUGGAAACCAGAGAGUAGCCUCUCUUUUAAUAGAGGCUGGAGCAGAUGUCAAUGUGAAAGAUAAAGACGGGAAGACCCCUCUGAUGGUGGCCGUGUUAAAUAAUCACGAAGCGUUAGUUCGGUUACUUCUUGACAAAGGGGCAGAUGCGAGUAUAAAGAACGAGUUUGGCAAAGGUGUCCUAGAAAUGGCCAGAGUUUUUGACAGACAGAAUGUAGUCUCCUUAUUAGAAGAAAAGAAGAAAAAGCAAAUGGUGAAGACGUCUGCCGUCUGA